AUGAUACCCCUCAUCCUUUACGACUUCCCCUCCAAGCUCGAAGGGAAUCAUUGGUUCGCCCUGGGCUACAAGAAUCUUCCGUUCCGGGUAGAAUGGGUGGAGUACCCAGAUCUCGCUCCGAGAAUGAAGGAGAUCGGAGCCAAACCAAGCAAGCGACUGGAUGGCACAGAAAAGUAUACCCUACCUGUUCUAAGUGACCCGAACACCGGUGCGCUGGUCACCGAUUCUUUGGAGAUUGCCGAGUACCUUGAGAAGACAUACCUUGAUAAACCCAUAUUCUCCAACAAGAGCAAAGGCCUCAUUCGCGCUUUCGACAGCGUAGUCAUCAACCUACUGCGGGCCGCCUUCAAAUUUCCUAUCGUUCGCACAAGCGAGAUCUUGAACGCGCGCAGUGCGGAAUACUACAUCGCCACAAGGGAGAUAAUGUUUGAAGAAAAAUUUACCGAACUCUCUGCAGAAGGGCUAAAACGCGAGGAGCACUGGACUAAUCUUGAGCGGAUGUUCAACACUAGUCAGGAAUGGUACGACAAGGAAGAGGGAAAGUGGUUGAUGGGAGACGUCUUUUCCUACGCAGACAUUAUCGUUGCAGCUAUCCUCUUUUGGCUCAAGAGGGUAUUGCACGACAAUGAGUGGGAGAAAAUUGCGAGCUGGCAUGAUGGAAAGUGGGCCAAGCUGCUUGUUGAUGUGGAGAAAGAAUGUAAUGGUGUUUAG